AUGCUCCUGAUGAGGACUGCUCCUGCCCCGUCGCGCUUCAGGCCUCCUCCCGACCCACCUCCGUGUGGCCGCUUCCAUGGAUCUCUUCAGCUUCAGCCCAGUUCUUCAGUCUCCAACUUUAAAAAGCAGCUCUCUUCUCCCAUGGCUCCGGUGGUGACUGCGUCUUCUCCAUCGCCACUCCAUCUACCGCCUCCUCUGUUGCGACUCCGUCUUCCUCCAGAUCCCCCGCCGCCGUGGUCGUCUGCUACUGUGCCGUUUGAAUCUAUCUCCCCGCCGGAACCACCGGACCCUCCCGACGCUUCCUUAAGUCUCGUCAUUCAUCGGCUCUUUGACACACCAUUCACCCUUUCUCAAGCAUCUUUCAACAUUCCAAAUCUGGCUAGUGAUGGUGUUGUCUCUCUUGUGUUCGUUGAUGGCACAAUAUUUGGUUCUAAGUGUUUAUAUCCUGCAGUAUGCAGUGCGAUUUUUAGCCGACUUGUUGUUUGGAGACGUCACUGUUCUUCUCUCACUUGUGUUGGUUCGCUUACUCUCCCGUUCAUUCUGAUUGAAGGAAAACUCGUUGGUACGCUUAUCCCGGUGAAUCGGGUUAUGGAGGAAUUUCAUUACCCAAUGGAUUCCUUUGUGGAGCAGUUUCUUUUCCCAAUAUUUCCUUCUAUGUGGAGUGAAUUGGAUGGCCAAGCGUCGCUAGUAUUGCAAGGAUCUUCCUCCUGGCUGAUGCUCUUCUCUGCCUUUGUUGCAGUGUUUGUGACCUUUGAGGUUACACGGUAUGCAAUUAUUCAAGAAGAUUAUGAGAUCUUUCGAUUUUUUAUGGUCUCUUGUGAUGUUGUCUAUCGUCAAUCUAUCUUUUGCUUAAUCUAUGUAUGGUUUGUUCAGUCCUUAGUGGCUUUGAUGUACUCUCCUUGUGGAGAAAAACUCUUUUAAAUUUCUAAUGAAAGCUUGGUUUGAACAAAAAAAAAAAAAAGAUGAUUUUUAUGAAAUCAGCUAUGACCACUAAUUUAAGAUAGUGUUAGAAAAGUCUACCGUGUUUAUAAAGCUAAUAUCUCAACACUCUUGUUGAACCAUAAAAAAAAAAGAAACAUGCUAGACACAAAACUGUUUAGGUCUUGCUUGCUUUACCCCUAUGACCCUUAGAAGAAGCUUUGAACAUAAUAUCACUGCAAAAAGCUUGCACGAGACCCAGCAAUAACCCUAGUAUCAGCGGCGCCCUUGACGUUGACACUAUGUUCCUUACUUUCUUCUCUGGCUUCUCUUUCUCUCAGCAGAAUCUAAUAUGUCCAACGCAGGGUCAAAGAAAGAGACAACAGGAUCAGCGGUUAAGGCCAAAGUCAUGGGAAAUGCAAUCCCUACAAUCUAAACCGUGCAACCACCAUCGCAACCGUACAGAACACUGAGUUCGGAACCACAACGAGAACGAGGAUUGAGAUUACUAAUUGAGCAGAGACAAAUCGAUUAAACCAGUGUAUGUAUUAUUAUUCGAUACUUUUCUAAUUUUAUGAUCUCUUUUGAAAGAAUCUGAAACAGUUUUCAUUAAUCUCAGUCAAAUCAACAUUCCCCCUUUGUUAAUUAAAUACUAUGUUUUUCA